UAUUUUAUGGCAAUAGAUCAACUUAUUGAAAAUGUUUCCGCUUAUCGGAGACGGCCUAUUUUUAUGCAUGCUUUUAUUACUCCUUUUUUGGUCUUUCACGCUUGUUGGCUAGGUUUUUGGCAAAAUCUGGGUUUUGAAGAUUAUUGGGAAUUUGGCUGUAUAAUUUUUGUUGGAAUAUUAAUUUUACAGGCUUUAACUGCACUUUUUUGUUAUUGGUUUGUUGAAGUUGAUUCUUUUUUAAAUUGUGUAAAAGUAAAUAAUCUUGUAAAUGAUGCACAAUUAGUUAAAGUUAAACCGACACCAAAUAAUGGAUGGACUGAAUUUGUCCCUCUUAUUAGAACAAAGCUUCCCAAUGACCAUUUACGUUUAUCUUUUUGUUUUCAAAAAAUUCAUUAUAAAUAUAAUGAAGAAUUGGGAGAGUUCAAGGCAAUUACCUUCAAUACAAAUUUGCCUUUUCGAAUAUUUCAAGAUUGGAAGGGAAUUGAAAAUGAGGAUAAAGUUAAGGAAAUAGAGCUUGAAUAUGGGAAUAAUAAGUAG